AUGUACUUCUACUUGUCCGACACCUUCAAGCGCUCCACGGCGCUGCACCUCGCCGUCUGGAGGGGCCACAGCGCCGCCGUCGAGUUCUUCCUCAUCGACCACGGCGCCGACCUCGAGCUGCAAGACCAGGCGGGCAUGACGGCGCUGCAGAUCGACGUCAUGCGCAUCUGCCUCCAGAAGAUGCGGCUCACGCUGCUGCUGCGCUCGCGCUGCAUCGACAUCCAGUCGCCCGUUGCGGUGGCCAUGUCCAAGCGCCUACAAGAGCGCGACCGGUCCACGUAUCGGGACAUCGACACCAGCGUACUGGACCUGCUGCUGGACCACAACGCCUGCGUGGAUCAGCCCAACGAGGUAGAGUCUCCGUGGAUCGGCCUGUGA